AUGUCGGUUAUUCCCAAUGCAAGUAGACAAGACAUUGUUAAUGCGUCGUUAGGUUCAUCUUACAUUUGGGAAAAACGCAAAGUCCUAAGGUUAACUAAAAACAAGAGGUUAACUGUUGACAGUCAACCUUCUGAUAUCGAACAGACAAAGAUUUUUGCAAAUUGGCUUUUCAAUUUAGAAGAAGGCAAGGUUGGUAGUGUGAAUGAUGGUGAUGCAAUUAUUGAUAUACCUGAUAAUCUUCUCAUUACCGAUUCAACGGAUCCUAUAUCUGCAUUAAUUGAAUUUUUAUGUCCUUCUAUUCUUGUGGAUAUCAAGAAUUCAUCAUAUUUUCAGGAAAGAACAAUACUUGCACCAAAGCAUGAAGUCGUUCAAGAAAUAAACGACUGUUUGCUAUCAUUGUUUCCAGGAGACGAAAAAGAGUACCUAAGUUCAGAUAGUCUAUGUGAAUCAAAGCAUCUUCACGAACAGUUUGAUGAAAUUUUGUAA